GCAUCUCAGUGCGCGGCUCACAAAGAGCUGCUGCAGCGGCUCCGCGCUUGGCCUCGCGGAUUGAACGGCGGCGGCAGCGGUGCACCCGUGCGGCCCCGCGCACAAGCCAGAAAGAUUUCAUCACCAGGAGCAUUUUCCGGACCUUACCAAACCACUCACUUUCGUGGCUGCCUCCUGGUGAUGAUGGCUGCGUGAUCGCCCACCAUGGCCCACCGGAAGCGUCAGAGCACAGCGAGCAGCAUGCUAGACCACAGGGUGAGGCCGAGCCCCGAGCCGGAGGCUGAGGGUGUGGAGCUGCCCUCAGAGGAGUACACGCCCCAGGGCUUGGAGCUGGCAACCCUGCGGCCCGAGAGCCCGGUGCCCACAGAGCCGGGCUGCCCCGACCACAGCCCCGAUGGGGACUCCAGCUCCGACUAUGUGAACAACACCUCGGAGGAGGAGGACUACGAUGAGGGCCUCCCCGAGGAGGAGGAGGGCAUCACCUACUACAUCCGCUACUGCCCCGAGGACGACAGCUACCUGGAGGGCAUGGACUGCAACGGUGAGGGCUGCCUGGCGCACAGUGCGUCUGGCCUGGAGACUGACGAGUGCCAGGAGGCGGUGGAGGAGUGGACGGACCCGGCGGGCCCACACCCGCCCGACUGUGAGGACGAGGGCAGCCCGGACUACCGGGGCAGCCACCUCCCCAUCCCAGAGGACGAGCCCUCUGGCCUGGAGUCCCAGGACCAGGAAGAGGGUGUCCACUACUGCCCCAGCGAGGAGGGUUACCCGGACUACUACCCCACUGAGGCCAAUGGGAACGCGGGCAGCGCAUCCCCCUACCGCCCUAGGCGUGGGGACGGGGACCUGGAGGACCAGGAGGAGGACAUCGACCAGAUCGUGGCUGAGAUCAAAAUGAGCUUGAGUAUGACAAGCAUCACCAGCGCCGGUGAGGCCAGCCCAGAGCACACGCUGGUGCGGGCACCCGAGCCAGGGCCUGGGGACUCGGCGGAGGCCUGCCCUCCCGGCGAGGCCAGCCUCGGCCCCAGCAGACACGAGGGGCGCCCCAAGUCUCUGAACCUCCCUCCUGAGGCCAAGCACCCUGGAGAUCCCCAGAGAAGCUUCAAGACCAAGACCAGGACUCCAGAGGAGAGACCAAAGUGGCCCCAAGAGCAGGUUUGCAAUGGUUUGGAGCAGCCGAGGAAACAGCAGCGCUCUGAUCUCAACGGACCUGUUGACAAUAACAACAUCCCAGAGACAAAGAAGGUGGCAUCAUUUCCAAGUUUUGUGGCUGUUCCAGGGCCCUGUGAGCCAGAAGACCUCAUUGAUGGGAUCAUCUUUGCUGCCAACUACCUGGGGUCCACACAGCUGCUUUCGGAGCGGAACCCUUCCAAAAACAUCAGGAUGAUGCAGGCGCAGGAGGCUGUCAGCCGGGUCAAGAAUUCUGAGGGGGAUGCCCAGACUCUGACCGAAGUGGACCUCUUCAUCUCCACCCAGAGGAUCAAGGUGUUAAAUGCGGACACACAGGAGACCAUGAUGGACCACGCCCUGCGCACCAUCUCCUACAUCGCAGACAUCGGAAACAUCGUGGUGCUGAUGGCCAGGCGCCGCAUGCCGAGGUCGGCCUCUCAGGACUGUAUCGAGACCACCCCUGGGGCCCAGGAGGGGAGGAAGCAGUACAAGAUGAUCUGCCACGUGUUCGAGUCCGAGGACGCUCAGCUGAUCGCCCAGUCCAUCGGCCAGGCCUUCAGCGUGGCCUACCAGGAAUUCCUGCGGGCCAACGGCAUCAACCCUGAGGACCUGAGCCAGAAGGAGUACAGUGACAUCAUCAACACCCAGGAAAUGUACAACGACGACCUCAUCCACUUCUCCAACUCAGAGAACUGCAAGGAGCUUCAGCUGGAGAAGCACAAGGGAGAGAUCCUGGGUGUGGUGGUGGUGGAGUCGGGCUGGGGCUCCAUCUUGCCCACAGUGAUCCUGGCCAACAUGAUGAAUGGCGGCCCGGCCGCCCGCUCGGGGAAGCUGAGCAUCGGCGACCAGAUCAUGUCCAUUAAUGGCACCAGCCUGGUGGGGCUGCCCCUUGCCACCUGCCAGGGCAUCAUCAAGGGUCUGAAGAACCAGACACAGGUGAAGCUCAACAUCGUCAGCUGUCCUCCGGUCACCACCGUCCUCAUCAAGCGGCCAGACCUCAAGUACCAGCUAGGCUUCAGCGUGCAGAAUGGAAUCAUCUGCAGCCUCAUGCGCGGGGGCAUCGCAGAGCGGGGUGGCGUCCGAGUUGGCCACCGCAUCAUUGAGAUCAACGGGCAAAGCGUGGUGGCCACCGCCCACGAGAAGAUUGUGCAGGCAUUGUCCAACUCGGUUGGAGAGAUCCACAUGAAGACCAUGCCUGCCGCCAUGUUCAGGCUCCUCACAGGCCAGGAGACCCCGCUCUACAUCUAGGCCACCCACCGCAUCCCAAGGAGUGGGAGCCAGACCCGGGACCUGACCCCUGACCCCACAGCCCACCUAAGGACACUGGCUCCCCUGAAGGGCACGCCCUCACCACCCACUUUUUUUUUUGGACUCAAAGGGGUAUGUCUUCAUCCAAGGAGGGUCACAGCAACCAAUCUUUGUAGAACAGUCAAGUAUUUUGCCGCAUUCUGACUUUUCUCAUUGCAACGGACAAGGGUUUCUUUGUACCCCUGUGUGGUGUGGAGCCGUGGAGGGUGAAUGUGGGUGCCUCUGGAUGCGGCCAUGCAGGGAGCCCCUCGAGGAUGGUGAGCUCCUGGGGGGCAGCAGCGAUGGCCCCACCCUUGGCUGGGGCUCCGGGGUCCUGCAGGGAGGGCAUCCCGACAGCCCAGAUGGCUGCCUCCCAGGGUAGCCAGCUCUCAGGAUGUGACUGGUCAUUGAAGUUGGGGACCACGUGAUGUAUUUCCCGAGAAAGGAGACAUCCUUCAGUUCAAUAAAGGAUGAUGGCCACAACCUCAAAACUCCAUAUUUAUUUAGACAGUAUCACCGUUUUGACUUUUAUUUGACAGCAAGCCGUUUUUCAGACAUUAGGAUUUUCCAAUGACCCUGUGACCACACCUGCUGCCCUGUGCUCGCCUGUCCACUGGUCCCUGGAUGCCCUGGGGCAGCCUCCCCCACAGGUGGCCCUCUGGUUACUAUCUGUCUACAUAUACGCAUCCACAUGCGUGCUCCCCCCUCAGAAACCAGCCCCACACCGGAACCCUGGACACCUGCCGUUCCUGGGGUGACUGCGGCAUCCGGGCACCGUCUCUGUGAGCAGUGUUCCAGUGUGUGUAGAUCAAGUGCAACGUAGUCUAGUUCCGCUCAGCAAGCUCAGUGUUCACCGACGUCAUUUUGUCUGGAAGUCUCUUUCUCUGGCCCAGGCCUCGAAGAAUACACUGUGACUUAAGAAGCCUUACCAUGCAGUAACUAAGCUUUAGGAUCACUGGACCUGAGGGUGACCUGUGUGUUGCAUGCAGCCGACCUUAGGAAGACUCGCUAAUACCACUAAUAAACCUGAGGUCAU